UCCAUGGUGUGGUAUGGGGAGGUGUCAAAACAAACUAGGGACUUGUGUUAUUAAACCGCAGAAUUACAACAACCUUUACGCAAGGCUCUUGUCUGCAUGCGGCUGUUUCCUUCAUGAAAAUAAGGGAUUGGUUCUCACCAGUGAGACACUCGCUUACCUAUGAUGGCUUUUACUAUGCUGAGGCCGGUGUCGACUCAUCCCUUCUGCUACCCCACUGACCUGACCUUGAUGUCGGACGACGAGGAUGGGAGCCGCAGCGAGAGCGACGGUAGCACCGACCAGGGCUACGGCUGCUGCGGGACUUCUGGGGAGAGUUACCGGCAGGUUUCCGGUGGCGUGGUGGUGCGGCAAAGGAACGCCGCUAACGCCAGGGAGAGACACCGAACCCAGAAUGUGAAUACGGCCUUCACGUCGCUGCGGACACUUAUCCCCACGGAACCGGUGGACAGGAAACUCUCCAAAAUCGAGACGCUGCGCCUGGCGUCCAGCUACAUCUCACACUUGGCCAACGUGCUGGUUGUCGGGGACGGGAGGGAGGACGGCCAGCCGUGUCUCAGUGCUGUCUACAAGGAGCUGAAAGGGAGUGGAAAGGGCAAGCAGCCCCGAGCAAUCUGCACAUUUUGCCUCAGUAACCAACGAAAAGGGGUAAAAGUGACGGACAGACGAGAUUGUGUGAAGAUGCACGGCAACCGCGGGAGACAAAUAAGUCGAUGAUGGAACUUUUUGAACUGGAGCAGGAGUGGAUCUUCUCUUCUUGAAAGCAGACCAUGGAACAGUCUAUAGAGCCAUUUUAGCAUUACAGCAGUCUUAAACGACUACUCUGAUGUGUGAGAGUGUGCCUCAUUGGUCCCUUUACCCAGUAUGAGGUUGAAGGAUUGCCACCAAAAACUUCUGUGUUUUGCCAGCAAAAGGAUACACUGUUCCCAGUGUACAAAGGUCACAGAUGAAUAUUAUAAGUGGGAAAAUUAGAGUGUAAAAAGUGUCAUGGAUAUUCUUUUCAUUUAAACAACAAAUUAGCUGAGCCUAUUAUUAGGACAGGUACAUAAACAAAAAGUGACAAUCAACACAAUCAGUGAUCUUUCAGGAGAAGAACUUCACUGGGCCUAGCUCUCCAAGAAUAAUGUUCUUAAUGACACAGGAAGUGAGACAAGGUUUUCCUCACGACUCACUCCUAACAUAUUUUUCCAUUAUCAAUAAUCCAAAUGUAAAUAAACAACAACAAAAUAAUUGGUCAUUAAGAUUAACCUCAAAGUCCUUUUAAUAUAUGAGCUGACAACAGAUGAACACUACAGUAAAUCUAUACUUCAAGAGUUUUGUGACCCUGGUUAAGGUUUGUUAUAAUAAAUAAUGUCUAUUUUACUCAAUGUGAAACCACAAGUAAUGUAUGUUUGAAAUUACUGACCUUAAAAUAGUAAAAUAAUCUAUCAGAGACACUUCCAAUGCCUGACAGUUUUUAUACUGUAUUAAGUAAAAUGUUCAUGAGACAUACUCCCAUUAAAGUGUGCAUUGUUUCUCAAGUUGUGACCAAGAUGGCUUAGGGACCUUGGCCCACCAGCAGAGCAGGACAGAAGGACAGACCACUCAGCCCACCAAGCUGAUUUCGUACAAUAAUGUUCAACAGGAAACAUUUUUUUUGCUCUGUCAUUGCAUUUUUGUAAUCUACUUUGAAAUUAAAUUUAUUUUUACACUGA